AUGAAGAUCCAGACACUGUUUUCGCUCGCCGCUGUUGGCCUCGCCUUUGCUAGCCCAAUCCAGAACCUCGAGGAGCGCGAUGAUAUCCCUUACGCCAAAUGUGUCACCGAUGCCAUACAGAAAAUAGUUAAUGACGCGUGUGCAGCCCGUCCUGACGACUGCACCCUCCGGGAGGAGUGGGCAUCUUGUAUGGCCAGAGCUGGUGGCAAGGCCAGCAACAUUCUUGAACUUUUCCAGAUUACCAAACAUCUGCGAGAUCAAUUUCAUAUAUGUUAUGAAGGCCUACAGGGAGGAGACGGAGUGCCUAGUGUGCCCGGACUGUACCAAUCGAUCGAAAAGAAUGCGAUGAGUGUUCAUUCUAGCUGUCAUUCGAGUGCACCAAUUAUUUGA